UGUAAAGGACGGGCAGAUUUCCGGCGGAAGUAGAAGAGCUACAUUUCCCAGGAGGCCGUGGGCACCGUGCUUCCUUCCGGUGCUUCGGAGAGUGGCUGGAGGCAGGCGUGCAGGUGCCGCAUGGAUCCUGGCAGCCGGUGGCGGGGCCUGCCCCGCGAGCCCAGCCUCAAGCACUUGACGGACCCCUCUUACGGGGUCCCGCCGGAGCAGCAGAAGCCGGCGCUGCAGGAACUGACGCAGGCGCACGUCGAGUCCUUCAACUACGCGGUGCGCGAGGGGCUCGGCCACGCGGUGCAGGCUGUACCUCCAUUUGAAUUUGCUUUCAAAGAGGAGCGUGUGUCUCUCACUGUCGUGGAUGCUGUCAUCAGUCCUCCCACAGUCCCCAAGGGAAGCAUCUGCAAAGAGCUCAACGUUUAUCCAGCAGAAUGCCGAGGCCGGAGGAGUACCUACCGGGGAAAGUUGACAGCCGAUAUCAGCUGGGCAGUGAAUGGAGUCUCAAGAGGAGUCAUCAAGCAGUUUCUUGGCUAUGUUCCCAUCAUGGUGAAGUCCAAGCUGUGCAAUUUGUACGGCCUUCCGCCCAAAGCCCUCAUUGAACACCAUGAGGAACCAGAGGAAAUGGGAGGCUAUUUUAUAGUCAAUGGCAUCGAAAAGGUCGUCAGAAUGUUGAUCAUGCCUCGGAGAAAUUUCCCCAUUGCUACGGUGAGACCCAAAUGGAGAUCCAGGGGACCUGGCUAUACCCAGUACGGAGUGUCAAUGCACUGUGUGAGGGAAGAACAUUCCGCCGUCAACAUGAACCUUCACUACUUGGAAAAUGGCACGGUGAUGUUGAACUUCAUUUACCGGAAAGAGCUGUUUUUUCUUCCUUUGGGAUUUGCACUGAAGGCACUUGUUGGCUUUUCCGAUUAUCAGAUUUUUCAGGAGCUCAUCAAAGGAAAAGAGGACGACUCUUUCUUUAGGAACUCCGUUUCUCAGAUGCUAAGGAUUGUGGUGGACGAGGGUUGUGCCACCCAAAAACAGGUUCUUCACUAUCUGGGUGAACGCUUCCGAGUGAAACUCAGUCUUCCUGAGUGGUGUCCAAAUGAGCAAGCUGCGGAGUUCCUGUUUAACCAGUGCGUCUGUAUCCACCUGAAAUCCAAUACUGAAAAGUUUUACGUGCUCUGUCUCAUGACCCGGAAGCUCUUCGCUUUGGCCAAAGGAGAGUGCAUAGAGGACAACCCUGACAGUUUGGUGAACCAGGAAGUGCUCACACCCGGGCAGCUCUUCCUCAUGUUUCUGAAGGAAAAAAUGGAGGCGUGGUUAGUAUCUAUUAAGAUAGCUUUAGACAAGAAGGCUCAGAAGACCAAUGUGUCCAUAAAUACUGAAAACUUGAUGAAGAUUUUUAAUCUGGGAACAGACCUUACAAAACCAUUUGAGUAUCUUCUUGCUACUGGGAACCUGCGGUCUAAAACAGGUCUUGGCUUCCUGCAAGACUCUGGACUUUGUGUUGUGGCAGACAAGCUGAACUUCGUCCGCUACCUCUCCCAUUUCCGCUGCGUGCACAGAGGGGCCGACUUCGCCAAGAUGAGGACCACCACAGUGCGCAGGCUGCUGCCGGAGUCCUGGGGCUUCCUGUGCCCUGUGCACACCCCUGACGGGGAGCCCUGCGGCCUGAUGAACCAUCUAACGGCCGUAUGUGAGGUGGUCACGCAGUUUGUGUACACGGCGUCCAUCCCAGCUUUGCUCUGCAACCUCGGGGUCACGCCAGUCGAUGGAGCUCCACACCAGCCGUACACCGAGUGCUUCCCUGUCCUGCUGGAUGGCGUCAUGGUGGGCUGGGUAGACAAGGAGCUUGCCCCCGGCGUCGCGGCUUCUCUCCGGCAUUUCAAGGUGUUGAGAGAAAAAAGAAUUGCUCCCUGGAUGGAGGUGGCCCUUGUCCCCAUGACAGGAAAACCGAGUUUGUACCCAGGACUGUUCCUUUUCACCACUCCCUGCAGGCUGGUGCGGCCUGUGCAGAACGUGGAGUUGGGCAGAGAGGAGCUGAUUGGGACCAUGGAGCAGAUCUUCAUGAACAUCGCCGUCUUUGAGGAUGAAGUCACGGCCGGAGUGACCACGCACCAGGAGCUCUUCCCACACAGCCUGCUGAGUGUGGUGGCCAACUUCAUCCCCUUCUCGGAUCACAAUCAGAGUCCGCGGAACAUGUACCAGUGCCAGAUGGGCAAGCAGACUAUGGGCUUCCCGCUUCUCACCUACCGGGACCGGUCCGACAACAAGCUGUACCGCCUGCAGACCCCACAGAGCCCUUUAGUGAGGCCGUGCAUGUAUGACCACUAUGACAUGGACAAUUACCCCAUUGGGACCAACGCCAUUGUUGCCGUUAUUUCCUACACCGGCUACGACAUGGAAGACGCCAUGAUUGUGAAUAAGGCCUCUUGGGAACGAGGCUUUGCCCAUGGCAGCGUCUACAAGUCCGAGUUCAUAGAUCUGUCUGAAAAAGUCAAGCAAGGGGAUGAUAGUCUGGUGUUUGGGGUCAAGCCUGGCGACCCGCGGACUGCACAGAAGCUGGACACUGACGGGCUGCCCUUUGUCGGGGCUCGACUGCAGUACGGAGACCCGUAUUACAGCUACCUGAACCUGCACACAGGGGAGAGCACGGUGGUGUUCCACAGGAGUAAAGAAGACUGCAUCGUGGAUAACAUCAAAGUGUGUGGUAAUGACACCGGAAGUGGGAAGUUCAAGUGUGUGUGCAUCACAAUGAGGGUCCCCCGGAACCCCACCAUCGGGGACAAGUUCGCCAGCCGCCAUGGGCAGAAGGGCAUCCUGAGCAGGCUGUGGCCGGCCGAGGACAUGCCCUUCAGCGAGAGUGGCAUGGUCCCUGACAUUCUCUUCAACCCUCAUGGCUUCCCAUCACGCAUGACCAUCGGCAUGCUGAUCGAGAGCAUGGCGGGCAAGUCAGCAGCGCUGCACGGCCUCUGCCAUGACGCCACGCCCUUCACCUUCUCGGAGGACAGGUCAGCCCUACAGCACUUUGGGGACAUGCUGCGGGCCGCGGGCUACGAUUUCCACGGCACCGAGAGACUGUACAGCGGCGUCAGCGGGAUGGAGCUGGACGCAGACAUCUUCGUCGGUGUGGUGUACUACCAGCGCCUGCGUCACAUGGUCUCGGACAAGUUCCAGGUCAGGACCACCGGUGCCCGGGACAGGCUCACUAACCAGCCUGUCGGGGGCAGGAAUGUGCAGGGCGGGGUCCGCUUUGGGGAGAUGGAGCGGGAUGCGCUGCUGGCCCACGGGGCAUCCUUCCUCCUCCAUGACCGCCUCUUCAACUGCUCCGACCGCUCAGUGGCACACGUGUGCGUGACAUGUGGCAGCUUGCUGUCUCCGCUGUUGGAGAAGCCACCGCCGUCGUGGUCGGCCAUGCGCAACAGGAAGUACAGCUGCACUGUGUGCCAUCGCAGUGACACCAUCGACACUGUCUCUGUGCCUUACGUUUUCCGGUACUUUGUGGCAGAACUGGCAGCUAUGAACAUCAAAGUGAAACUGGAUGUCAUUUAACUCCACGUGGCCUUCUGGGUCAGGAGAGUUGCCAGAGUACAGAAUGUGACUAGCUCAGUGGCAGUGUGACCAGUUACUCUGCACUGUUUUCAAGGUUUCUAGAGCCCACAACCAAGACCUGACAGCCAAGAACUCAAGGUUUCAAUGUAGUUAGUCCUGAAGUUGAUUUGCGCUGUAUUUAUCCGCAAACUCACGGGUGUCCCCUUAAAAAAUGGUGCAGUGACAGAAGGGUAUGCAUGGAAGUUGGUAUGCCGCUUUCAACAGGUGGUGGCCACCAUUUACUAUCCAUGUAGAGUGGCGCGGUCCAGUACAAACGUCUCACAAGCCACGUGUGCAACUCUUGUUUUCUUAUGUCCGCAUUAAAGUAAAAGCAAGAGGCAGAAAUGUUUUCCAACAGCCUUACUGAAGUGUAAUUGUUAGGAAACACUGCAAGUACUUAACUGCACACAGUUCACGGUUGGGUGAUAAAUACCUCCGAGAGCCUCCUGUGCCCCUUUGGGUUGUGUUGGGGGAGGUAUGUGUGUGGUGGGGGGACCCUGACCUUGCCAUCUGCCUUUGGGGUGAACAGUGCAGCACUGUCACAGGUGCAAUGCUGCAGGCCAGUCUGCAGACACUCGUCCUAUAUCAGCAGGUCCCUCUGUCCCUGGCACCCACCAUUCCACUCUGUUUCUGUGAGUUUGACAUUUGUACAUGCUCUGUGACUGGCUCGUUUCAGUCAGCAGGAUGUCCUCAGCCCACCAGUGGCUGCAGAUGGCAGGAUCUCCGUUUUAGGCUCAGGAAUCCGCUGUGUGUAUGUACUAGCACGUUUUUUAUCCAUUCACCUCUUAAUGAACAUUUCAGUUGUUUCCGUAUCUUAGAAAUAAUGUUAAUGUUCUGUUUUAUUUAAUGUGGCAUAGCCAAAAUGUCACAUCAACGUGGACUGUUAAAAGUGUGUUGAGGUACUUUACAUUCUUCAUACAGUCUCAAAAACCCAGUGGGUGGCAGUGCCCUCUGUGUGCGUUCCAUUGUCUUGGCCCAGUGAUGGGUAUUUGGGCUGUCCCGUUCUUGCCUGUUUUACAGCGCUGGCAAUACUAGCGUUGUGUAUGCUUGUGCAAGUGUAAAGUGCUUUUCGUUAAAACUUUCCUAAGGGGGAGGCUGGUUAGCUCAGUUGGUUAGAGAGCCAUGCUCGUAGCACCAGGGUUGCCAGUUCGAUCCCCACAUGGGCCAGUGUGAGCUGCGCCCUCCACAACUAGAUUGAAAUAACUACUUGACUUGGAGCUUAUGGGUACUGGAAAAACACACUUUAAAAAAUAAAGUUCCCUAAGAUUGUUCUUUUCUGAGUAUGGCUUUAGGUGUCUUCCACUAAUAAGGCAUAUCGGGCUAAACUGAGAGAAAUUAUCCAUUCAUGGUACAUUCUGGCUUGGCUUCAUCAAACUGUUGAAAAAAACGAGAGCCAUCUUGACUCUCAGCUGACUCCCCCCACCCCGUCCCCAUUAUCAUCGCAGCUGGUACUGCCCCAGUCUGCCUGCCUCCAUCCCACCACUGACAUCGUCUGUUCAAGUCCCUCCAGGUUUUUUUAGCAGCAGUAAAAAUGGUAAAGUAAAAAAUUUUAGCUUUGAUUUAAAUUACAGAUUCACAACUAAGACUGAUACUGGGUCAAGUCACAGAGCUGGUCCUGUUUCACCAGUUUCGCAUGCACUGUGUGUGUGUGUGGUUCUGUUCACUGUUGUCACGUGCAGAUUGAUGCGACAAACAAGACAGAACAGCUCCAUCCCACAGGCUGCCGUGUGCCCCCGUCUUUAACCUCUGGCAACCACGAGUCUGCCCUCCAUUGCUAUGGUUUCAUUCUUUCAAGAACAUUUUGCAAACACAAUCAGUUUGUGACCUCUGAGGUUGGUUUUUCCCACUUGCUGUCAUUCUCCGGGGUGCAUCCCGGUCAUUUCGUGUAUCGGUCAUUUGUUCCUUUUUGCUGCUUGUGUGUCCUCCAGGUGGGUAUGACAGUGUUAACCAGCCUCCUGUAGGAGCACGUCCUGGUUGUUCGCCACUGGGGGUGGUCACAAAUAAAGCCACUCUGAACAUUCA